CUGACCCGCCGUGGGCUCAGCACCGAGGGCGUCCCUGACAUCGCUGCCUCCGAGGGCUUCAUGGUUGGGGAAUUCCUGGCCCCGUACACAACUUUUUGUAGAAUUCAUCAGAAAAGUAUUACCUGUCUUGAUAUUUCCAGUGGCGGUGGGCUUGGCGUGUCUACCAGCACAGAUGGGACCAUGAAAAUCUGGCAGGCUGCGAAUGGAGAAAUAAGAAGACUAUUGGAAGGCCAUGUGUAUGAUGUGAAUUGUUGCAGGUUUUUCCCAUCGGGCCUCGUGGUUCUGAGUGGGGGAAUGGAUGCCCAGCUAAAGAUCUGGUCAGCAGAAGAUGCCAGCUGCGUAGUAACAUUUAAAGGUCACAAAGGAGGUAUUUUGGACACUGCCAUUGUGGAUCGGGGAAGAAAUGUCCUUUCCUGCUCUAGAGACGGCACUGCCCGCCUCUGGGACUGUGGAAAAUCUGCCUGUCUGGGUGUCAUCGCUGACUGUGGCUCUCCUGUCAACGGCAUCGCCGUGGGCACUGCUGACAACUCGCUGAACCUGGGCACACCUGAAAAAGCUCCUAGUGAGCGUGAGAUUGGGACAGAAGGGAAAAUCCUGCUGCUGGCUCGAGAAGACAAGAAGCUUCAAGGAGUUGGACUGCAGAGCAGGCAGCCGGUGUUCCUCUUCGAUGGAUCUGAUGCAUUCAAUUGCUGCACGUUCCUCUCGAGCACCUAUAUCCUAGCAGGGACUCAGGAUGGGAACAUCUAUCAGCUGGAUGUGAGAAACACAGACACUCCAAUCCAGGUCAUCCAUAGAUCAGGAGCACCAGUGCUUUCGCUGCUCCCGUACCGAGAUGGAUUUAUUGCCAGCCAAGGCGAUGGAACCUGCUUUAUCAUUCAGCAAGACCUCGAUUAUGUCCUCGAUCUCACAGACGCUGACUGUGACCCUGUGUACAAGGUAGCUUCUUGGGAGAAGCAAAUUUACACGUGCUGCAGAGACGGGAUAGUGAGGAGAUACCAACUUUCCGACCUUUAA